AUGACCGCCCUACGCGAUAGACUGAGAAACGUCUUUGGAGAGGACGCCUUCGACUGGCUAGAUCGAUCCUACAUCACAGACUGGGUGGUAGCGACUGGAGCAUGGUUCAUCGCAUGGAACAUCAAAGGGCUGCCACCGUAUCAGAGGGAGUUCGAUCACAAGGACCCACUCAUCGACCACAAACAUCACAAAAGCCAGAUUGGCGGUGACCUGAACUGGUUCAUCGCUUUUGUCGCCCCCUUCGCAGUGAUAGGCGUCACUGCAUGUCUAAGGCGCUCCGCUCUAGACCUUCACCACAGCGCUCUCGCUCUCUACGCGACACGAGCGUUCGCUGAAGUCGCCACAGAACUGCUCAAAAACCGCGUCGGCCGAUUGCGUCCAGACUUCCUGUCGCGCUGCAAGUGGGACAAAGCGACGAAAGCGUGUGCAGGUGACGUCGAGACGAUCCUCGACGGACGCAAAUCGUUUCCAUCCGGCCAUUCGUCCACAGCAUUCUCAGGCAUGAUGUUUCUGUCCCUCUGGAUAGCGGGCAUGACGGGCGCAUGGUGCAUCACGCGCCCCACUGUGGCAAGGAGUUUCCUCGCAAGUAGGCUUGCGAGGCUCAGCCUCUCCUUGCUGCCUCUGCUAUUCGCUACCUGGGUCGCGAUCAGUCGUCUGGAAGACUAUAGGCAUCACAAAGAAGAUGUCAUCGUCGGGAGCCUCCUCGGCAUCGCGUGCGCUGUGAUCUGCUACCUGACAUACUGGCCGAACCCCUUCGCCCAGCCACAGCCGUCCGCAUACCACGCGAGGGUGCUCUACACAAAUCGCCGGCUCGACGCACGAGAAAACGGAUACCAAUACGAGCUAGCAGGUAUAGAGCAUACAAACGGAGUCGACAGUGUAUAA